AUGUCGUCCCCAUAUACUGGCCCGUCGUCUCCCACGACAAUUCUCUCUUUGCCUGCAGAACUCCUGGAGAGCAUCAUUGUCUCCAGCAGCCACCUCGAUGGGCCCAGCGCUAUUGUUUCGCUCUCCAAAGCAAAGAGCACUUUCUACGAGCUGAUAUACAAGAGCCCUGACUCUCAUCUGUGGAGGGAGGUCUUCUUGUCCCAGUUUGAUGACCCCAGAAAAUUGGGCUCGCUGCUCGGUGUAGACGCUUCCGUGGAUUGGGAAGGUGAAUAUAAACAAAGAAUUAAAGCCAAAAAUCAUAUUAAAGCACACCUAGACGACCCGCUGUCUGUAUCCGAUGACUUCGAUCUAGAGGCUAGUAACUUGGCGCCGCUCGUUCCCAUGGUACUUGCGGCGCCAAGCAUACCUAGCUCGUCCAUCGAUACCUUUUCAACCAUUAGCGAGCCAAUAUGCCCGUGGCCCCCACUUUCACGCGAAGCAGUAAUAUCAAGCUCACUCAAUUCGGGCUGGCUAGACGGUGCCCUAUCUCAUGGUUACCCUGCCAAUGCGGUCUCUCGGUUUCUCUUAUUCCAGCCGAAAUUGGAUGAACAAACCAAUCCCCGAGACAGGGAAACCUGGGACCAGAGUUCGACAGGGCAGGCCUUCCAUCACAUCUUAUUACUCUUUGGAUUCAAGUGCGCACCCAAUUUCAAGUUCUGGAGGACGAAAGGGUUGACAAGGGACAGCCUGGUGGAGAAAAUCACCAGGAGGAGGACAAGAUUUGCAACUACGGAGGAGGACGAGACUCAAGUCAAAGAUAAAGGCAAGGGAAAGGCGAAGGCACGAGACAUUGAAGAGAUUACUUUCGACAAUGUCAUACAGAUGAAGAUGGCUCGGAACGCCGCCAAAUUGCGCGUCUAUAACAUGAAAUUUCCUGAUCCACAGCGGUGUUGGGGACCGUUUAUGCCCAUACCGUCACUCGAACCCCGGAAACCAGCUAAUGGCCCUGAACUUUUACCGAUAUUUAGGAACGGGAGCCCUCAGAUCUUGGCAUUUGGCCCUUUGAUUGGUCUUGGUGAAGAUAGUAUACUGGAAUUUAACGCCCGGAUUGAUGAAGACGACGAGGACGAUCCAAAUGACACGGACUAUGAGGAUCGCGAAGAUAAUGCUGAUGAAGACGAAAAUGAUGACCCUAACAGACCUCCGCCAUAUCUUCCUCUGUUCCUUCUCAACCAAGCAUUGGCUGGAGGAGAUCCUGAUGAAGAGCGACAUCCAACAUUUAUCUUUCCUCCAUUCCCGCACGAGCUUAAGCCGGACUGGAGCUUUUUGGCCAGCGCUCGAGUGCUUAUCGAAGCGAAUGUUCGAGAUCGUGCUCAUGUUGUGCAUUCUGAUCCAAGGGAUCGAGAAGCAUUCUUAGAAGCUAUGGAGGCGCUGAAGAAUCUGGAUCACUUGAGAAUGGGCGGUGCACCAGGAUUUGAGUGGGAUAAAUGGAGACGGCUGAAUGGGAAAGCGGAGGAAGCGGAGGAGAUGGAUCUAACUGUGGAUGAUAAGGGCAAGGGUAAGGAAGCCAGUGACGACGAGGUGGAUGGUUGGGAUUGGGCUGGUGUAACAGGAGAAUGGAGGCGAAUUGUGUGUUGGAUGGAUUACCAUGGAUUGAUACAUCACAACGGCAGAGAGACGGCCAUUUCUCAUCUUUCGGAGAGCACAAAUAUGGUGGUUGAGACUAUUCGUGUCAUGCCUAUGAGUCUGCGGGUGUCGGGGUAUUCCAAGCCACCCACCCCUCCGCCUGAUUACCAUGGAUCCGGCGACAACCCUCUAUCUUCAUUGGUCUAUACGCUUCCCAUCAUCCGUGUCGAGGGAGAGUCUCGAGGAUCAGACUUGGAUGAUGGCGCGCAUAGACAGAUUAGAGGAACGGUCAGAAUGAUCGGCGAUGGUGCUGUGAGGUGGAGCCUGACUUCGAGUGAAGCUGGAAUUCAGGAUCCGGAGUGGGUAACUGAGAGUGUACAAAUAGGACAGGUGGGCAGUGCCAUGGGAAUGAUUGGGAUGUGGACUGGAGUGGAUCAUGCCAGAUCAGACCCCAUAGGUCCUUGUUGGGCAUGGAAAAUAUCGAGCCCAUACUUUGAUGACGUCCCUGCACGGCGCGGCACCUAUUGA